AUGCAAUUCAAUUCUGAUUUAAAUUUAUUAAGGGAAGAUACAGGUGCCAAAAUUAGAAUUAAUGAUGAUGGUACCAAAAUAACCAUCAAUGGAACAUAUGGUCAAUGUGAAGUUGCAAAAUCUAGAAUAGAGGUUUAUCUUGAUGAUGAAGCAAAUAAACCAAGACCUGGUGUAUAUCCUGAACUUGGUUUUACGAUCCUUGAUGCUUCUGUUGUUGCGGAUAAAAGUAUUUGUUCAAGAUAUUCACCAAAAAUUCAUUUCAGGAGAUAUGAUUUAAAGGAUAAUAAUGCCCAUUCAAAGGGGAAAGAAUUGUUUUAUGUUAUGUUUGACAAUGAUGACUCUAGCAAGAUAAAUUUAGAAAUUAACAAGACGGUCAAAGAAGAAUUUGAAUUUGAUUGUACUGAAACAUCUUCAUCUAAUGCGGAUGUUUAUGAUUUGUUGUUUAAUAACUUGAAAUCUAACCAAAAUAUUUUGAGAAUGAAAACGAACACUAACAACGAAAGUGAUCAUAGAGAUGCCAAAGAACUAGACGAAAGUCGAUAUGAAUGGGAACCAACCGUAUUAACUCCUCUAAACCCGUUCGGUAUUUUUUCCCAAUUACCUCAAUGCAUAACACAAAUUACAUCGUAUCUUUCCGAGUUAUUUCCAGUAAGCGAUCCUGGAAUGGAAAUAAGAGUUUCUCUGUAUCUUGGACAAGAAUUAUUUUUUAAUAUACCGCCGAGUGAGCCAUCAUCAUUUACUUUGUCAGAAUGGUGUAGAUUAAAAAGACUUGGUAUAAAAGGGAUCAAAACAUCUUUUCAACAUGAUGUACCACUCGUUGACGGAUUAAGGAUACUUCAAGCGGAUCCGGAAUUUCAAGAAAAGGUUGAAGGUUUUGGAGAUUGCGAAAAAGACAAAUGGAGUAUUUCGAUUUAUUUUAAUGAUGGUGAAGACAAGAAAAUGAAAUUAAAUUGGGAUUAUCAAAAAAAAACUUGGAAGAUAACUAAAAUUGUUAAAUUAAUGCGUCGAGUCAUACUGUUGGAUUUGGUUUCUGGUUCAUAUUUUCCCGACAUUCGUCUUCUGGUAAAAACGCAGUUUCGCAUCCCAAUCGACCAAAAAUUGGAGACAUUGAUAACUGCGUUGCAAAAUUCUAUAAACAGAAGCGAAAGUUAUCUCUCCUUCCGUGUUAAAGAUUUUGCAGGCAUUUUAAAUGUUACCAGAAUUGAACAGACUAUUAAUAAGAGGCGAUUUUUUAAUAAGAAUUAUAGAAUAAAUCUUGUUCCCACAAAAAAAGAUUUUGAUGGUACAAGAGUUACCUUUGCCAACAGUGUUAUUAUCAAACAUUUAAAUUGGAUUAUGAUGAAUAAGUAUCAAACACAAUCUUAUGAAAAUUCCUUGAAGAAUAAAUCAUCGCAAUUAUCAUCAUCUCCUUAUUUUAUCCUAUCUCGCUCCUCCUCCUCCUCAAUUCAAUCAUCACAAUCGCCAAUAUCAUAUGAACAAUCAAAUACAUAUAACACAAUCAAUGAACAAUUUGAUCUGAUAAGUUUUGAUGAUGAACCUCCAUUAGUCAACUUCUCACCAAUAUCAUCAGACUAUUCAAACCUAAACAUUAAAACCAAGACACGUCAUUUACUAGACGAAGACAUACCCUCUGGCACUAAUCUUUUACAAAAAAGUCUAUUAGAUGAUAGUUCGACAGGAUUUAAAAGUCGGAGACAUAUCUUAUACGACGAUUAUGAUUUGUUUAGCAUACGUAACUCAACAAUACUUCAAAAUGAUUAUAACAAGAAUGAAUAUGGGAAAGAAGUACGGAAUAAUAAAAAAUUAAAAAAUGGAGAAUUGCAAAACUAUGAAGAUGUAGGAGGAUUUGUUGAAGAAAGAAAUUGGAAAGAUAUAUUAGAAUUAACCAUACCUAGCUCUCUAGAAUAUACUAGAAAAUUUAGUAGAAUUGUUAGUUAA